UCCUCGCCCCGCAAAACCCUAAACGAGCGGCGAGCCGCCUCUCUCUCGAGCAUCGUCACCACGCCCCUCGCCCCUCGCCUCCAAUCUCGCACUCCGCGCCCGCCAUCGCGGCGCCGUCGAGCUCCCCUACCGGAACCUUCUAGAACGCGCGGAUCGCCAGAGCAGCUGCCGCUUCGGGCUGUCGUCGCCACCGACGCCCAUGGAGAAGCUCCGCGUCCACCGCUGCGGCGGCGGCGCGGUCGCGUGGACGCCCUCCCCCAUCGUCGCGCUCGCUACCUCUCCCUGCGCCUCCCAGGUCGCGGCCGCGCGAGGCGACGGUUCCCUCGAGCUCUGGCUCGUCUCCCCCGGCUCCGUCGGGUGGCACCACCAGCUCACUAUACAUGGGAGCGCGCAGUCAAUGGUCACGGCGCUUGUGUGGGUGCCGAGCGGCGCAGGGGGGCGGUUGCUCUCUUCCAGCAUCGAUGGUUCAGUUGCAGAAUGGGAUCUCUUCCACCUUAAGCAAAAGAAUGUCCUAGAUUCUGUUGGUGUACCAGUCUGGCAGAUGGCCAUGGAACCUACAGAUGAUCCUUUGAAUUCUGAAAAUAAAAGCUCAGGAUGUGCUUCCAAUGGCCGUGCAAAUCAUAAUGGCCGCACUGACUCUGACUUAAGUUAUGUCGAUGAUGGUGAUAGCUUUGAUGAUGAAGAUGAUUCUGCCAAGACAAGCUCUCCAUAUCGUGUGAAUGAAUUCCAGCGUUUGGCCCUGGCAUGUGAUGAUGGUUCUGUACGCUUGUAUAAUGUGCCUGAAUCUGGGUCAUUAACUUACUAUAGAUCUCUUCCAAGAGUAAGCGGACGCAUUUUGAGUGUGACAUGGAGUAAUAAUGCCAAGUUCAUAUUUUCUGGAAGCAGUGAUGGGUUAAUUAGAUGCUGGGAUUCAACAUCUUUCCAUGAAAAGUAUCGCAUGACUGCUGGAUUAGGAGGUGCUGGUAGUGGGAGUGAAUUUUGCAUAUGGUCAUUACUGUUUCUGAGGUGUGGAACCCUUGUUAGCGGAGAUAGUUCUGGGACAGUUCAGUUUUGGGAUAGCCGCCAUGGAACUCUUUUGCAAGCUCACUCUUAUCAUAAAGGCGACGUCAAUGCACUAGCAACUGUGCCUAGUCAGAACCGGAUAUUUUCUGCAGGAUCUGAUGGGCAGGUAAUUUUGUACAAGGCGUCGAAAGAUGAGUUUGGUGCUGAUAAUGAGAAGGUGGCCAAAGAUCAAAUGCACAAGUGGGCCUAUGUAGGAUAUGUGAGAUCCCAUUCUCAUGAUGUUAGGGCAUUGACCAUGGCGGUACCAAUUUGCAAAGAAGAUGCUCCACCAGAGGAAAAAGUAGUGAAGAAGAUACGCCAGCGCGAAAAACCUGUUGACAGUUACCACAAAUGGGCACAUCUGGGUGUGCCUAUGCUGAUUUCUGGUGGUGAUGACACCAAGCUGUUUGCUUAUUCUGCGAGGGAGUUUACUCAAUUUGCCCCUCAUAAUUUCUGCCCUGCACCUCAACGGCCAUUGAUAAAUCUGGCAAGAGAUGGCACAGUUAAUGGAGAUUCUGUGAUGCUUGUCCAGUCUGCCAAUUGGUUGGAUGUUUUACUUGUGUCAGUUCAGAACAAUCUGAUUCCUAGUACGUCAUCCAGAGGAGAUGCUACAAUACGACAAGUUGUUCGUCUGAAAAGCAAGGGGUCCCGGAAAAUUGUUUCAAGUGCCAUCUCUACCAAUGGAAUGCUAUUGGCUUAUUCUGAUUGUGUGAAGCCCUGCCUUUUUGCGUUGAGGCAUAAGGGCGGAAAAAAGUACGCUCUAGACAAAGUAGAGUUGCCAAAAGGAAUACCUAGUUCUCAGAGUAUGAUGUUUACCGCUGACUCAUCCAAUCUGGUACUAGCUUGUUGUGAUGGAAAAAUAUAUGUUGUGGAUAUUGCGACAAAAGAAAUUUCAAAUGUAUUUCACCCGACUAGAAAGAUGGAUGGAGAAAAACCUUCUUCCAAAGAACCACCGGUCACAAAAAUGUUCCUGAGCGUGGAUGGUCAGUGGGUGGCUGCAGCUAACUGCUUUGGGGAUGUUUACAUAUUUAACCUUGAAGUGCAGAGGCAGCACUGGUUCAUACCGAGAAUGAAUGAUGGUUCAGUUACAUCUGGUGGCUUUUGUCCCAAAAAUAAUUCCCUUGUCAUAACUACAUCUAAAAACGAGGUGUACAUAUUUGACGUAGAAGCAAAGCAAUUAGGCGAAUGGUCAAAGCGCUAUACACAUCAUUUGCCCAGAAGAUUCCAAGAAUUUCCUGGAGAGGUCAUUGGUCUCUCAUUUCCUCCACUAAGUUCAUCUUCAGUUGUGGUAUACAGUGCAAGGGCAAUGUGUGUCAUUGAUUUUGGAUUGCCAGUUGUUCAGGAUGUUCAACUGUCAAAUGGUUCAGUUGUACCAGCAGAAAAGAUAAACCAACAAAAGGGUACAAAAUCCAAGAUUAAGCGGAAGGAUCGUGACGAAGAGAUGAAACUAGAGAAAAGGAAUAACUUUGACUUCUUUGCGUUCAAAGAUCCAGUGCUGUUUGUUGGUCACCUAUUGGACAGUUCAGCUUUAAUAGUUGAGAAGCGAUGGAUGGAUGUUGUUGAAGGUUUUGGCCCACCGGUUCAUAGACACAUAUAUGGGGCAUGAUCUGCAGUAACAUCUACACACUCAUUACAGGCAGACCGUUUCACUCAGCAACGAAAUACCCCCAGCUGUUGUCUGAUAAGACGCUCCAAGAUAUAGCAGCACAUAAUGUCUGCUGAUACCAUCUGGUCACAGCAACUAGCAUGGGUUAGUUUUGCAAGUGGCUUUUGUUUCGUGAGUAGCCUCGUUGUAUUUUUUUUAUUUUUUUGUUAUUCACUGGAGUAUUUUAGUAGCUCUUUGCCGCGCCAGUUUUGUCAUACCAUGUCGAAAUGCGCAAAUUUUGUCAUAUGUAAACAAUGUUAUCACCUAUGUCAUGUCAACAUCUGUCCUUUGUCCAA